AUUUGUAUACAGAGCGAAGAAAGACGGCUAGAAGUAUGUUUGAAUUAUACUGAUUCUACCUAAAUCAAUUAAAAUAGAGGAAAGAAUCUCUUUUGUUUAUUUGUUAGAAUUUUCAUCUGCAUAAGUUUGAUAAUAAUCUACUACAUUUUAUUAUUAAACUCUUACUCAUUCAUCUUGACUUUUUCGUCCUCAAAACUGCGAAUUGUCUGCAAGAUUUUGAUUUACAAAAUAAAGAAAGAAAGGGAAAUUAUUCUCUUUUUUAAAAUUUAAUUCUUUUUAUAUAACAAAGAAAGAAGGAAACGUCUUUAAUUGAAGGCUAAACAUCUUGAUAGUCUAUUUUUUUUUGAGGUCAUAAAAAGAAAUUUUCAAGGAAAACGUGAAGUAAUCUAGAGAAAAAAAGUAUUAGAAUUAUGCCGGCCAUAGUUCGAAUCCCUAUUCGUCAACGACAACGGGCAGCAGCAGGGAGUAAACCCAGAGAUCCGUUCCUCAAUCACAUGACUCAGGGGGUCAUGGUAAUUUGCUUGGGUUUCUUUCUGCUAAUAGCCGGAACCUUAACAACUUUUCUCGGCCUUCGGAAAUCCUCGAGUUCAUCCACAAACGCCCUUAUUAUUAUUGGUCCGGUCUUCCUAGUCUCCGGUCUACUUUGUAUAAUAGGCGGUUUUAUCAGGUAUUGCGUAGCUUAUACAAGAAAGAAGAAAAGGGAUAAUGGGCAUUUAACUCUCAAUGGUUCUCAAAUUAGCAUAAAAAUGGCAGCGAGGAGUUCAACUGAGGGAAUUACAGAACCUGGCCCCAUAGCUCAAGUAUAACAGCAUUCGAGAAUCGAGAAGAUUAAACUGUUCGUUUGAUUUUCAUCCUCUGGUAUUUUACAAAAUUAUCUUAAAAAAUUCUAUUAUAUAAGCAAUCUUGCAAAGUCAUAGUAGAAGAAACUAUCGUCCUAUUUUUAAAUGACAUUUACAUUCUAUUGCAUUUAUUCUAAUCUGAUAUGUUGAAUAGCUGUUUUAAUAUUUUUCAUUUGUUUUUUUUUAUUACCAAUUUCCAAUUUUAUUUCUAUUUUUUUUAGUUUUCUGUUCAAAGCGUUCACUUGUUUUUUAAAUUACAUCAAG